CUGUACUUCCUCCCUGAGUUCAGAUUGUAAGUAAAGAGAAAUCCUUUGUGUUGAAGACGAGAUGUCAUGCCAAAAUAAUAAAAUGUCUGUUGUCACUGUCAUACACGGAGCAAGGUGAAGUUAAAUCUUAACAAGUUAAUGUCUCUGGAACUAUCUAGGAAAUGUCUAGUCGUUGCGCUUGGAUCUUCUUCAGCACCAUUUCAUUCCUUUUUUUGAUAAAUAUAUCUUACUUUUAUUAUGGGUAUAAAAAAAAUGGAUACUCCUCAAUGUUCAGCAAUGUCAACGAAAUGAAAGAGCUAGAAAAUAAAAUAAUGAAGGAAAAUGACAAGAAAGAAAUUACUGUUCAGAAACCCACUGGCAUGUGGACUGUCAAUCAAGCUGGACGUCUUGGCAACUUAAUGGGAGAAUAUGCAACACUCUAUGCACUAGCAAAGCUAAAUGGGCGACAGGCAUAUGUUUUACCUGGAAUGCACAAUGAGUUAUCCAAAAUAUUUAAAUUGAAGCUACCUGUGAUUAAUCAGGAGGUAGCUAAUAGAAUUAAUUGGAGGCAUUAUUGGCUUCAUGACUGGAUGUCUUCAGAAUAUAACAAUAUUGAAGGAGAAUUUGUGAAAUUUACAGGUUAUCCCUGUUCAUUUACUUUCUAUCAUCAUAUAAAGGAAGAGAUUUUGGAUCAGUUUACUUUUCAUGACUUCAUUAGAGAAGAGACCAAUGCUUAUCUUUCCAAUGUAAGGGGAGACAGGAAAAAUGUUACUUUUGUAGGGGUGCACGUACGUAGAGGGGAUUAUGUCCAUGUUAUGCCUAACACAUGGAAAGGUGUUAUAGCUGACAAAGCAUAUUUGCAGAAAGCCAUGGACUACUUCAGACAAAAGUAUGAAAACCCUUUGUUUGUGGUCACUAGUAAUGGAAUGGAUUGGUGUAAGGAAAAUAUUAACAAUUCAAAGGGAGAUGUCCACUUUGCUGGUGAUGGGAAAGAGGGUUCACCUGGCAGAGACUUUGCCCUUCUUGCACAUUGUAACCACACUAUCAUGACCAUAGGAACAUUUGGUGUUUGGGCGGGAUACUUGGUGGGAGGUGAAACUAUCUACCUCACAAAUUACACUUUACCAGAGUCUAAUUUCUUAAAGGUCUUUAAGUAUGAAGCAGCUUUUCUUCCAGAAUGGAUUGGAAUACCAGCAGACCUCUCUCCUCUUCUUAAUAAGAAAAAUCCAUAAAUAUUAUUUAGUGGGCCCCCAGGGUUUCAUUAACAUUUGUACAGCUUACUUUGUACUACUCAUUGCAAUGAAAUUAUUGUAUACUUCAAAUGCAUUAAAUAUAUAUAUAUAUAUAUAUAUAUAUAUAUAUAUAUUUAUAGUAUUAUAGUAUAGUAUUUAUAGUAUAUAUACUGUGUAUAUAUAUAUUUAUAGUAUAUAUAUACUCUGUAUAUAUAUAUGUGUGACAAAUGUGAGCAAUUAAAACAUUAAAAUAUGCACUACAAAAAAAAAUGUAAAGCAAAGAGAUGUAUUUAAGUAGAGAUGUUCAUCUAGGAUAUUGACAAAUGCAAAUUCAUCAUAAUUUUUAUGAAUCAUCAAGUUGUUAUACAAAAAUCUUACAUUAUUGGAUGAAACAAACAAAAAACAAAUGAUUGAUUGAUAAAGUCGAUUUGUUUAUUCGUUUGGGCCCUUUGGUGCCAAAAAAAGUGCAGGAAUGGGGGAAGGAGUUAUAUUGUUUGGUUAUUAAGAUUCUUUAUUUGUAAUGAUGGCUCUUACCACUCAUUUUUCCAUCGUCCCCUGUCUAAUCCUGACAUAGAAUUACUAUUGACUGAUGCUAGGGACAGCCGUCAUGCACUAAAUACUGGGUUUUAGUCAUAAAGGAUUUGCAUAUUCUUUUAACAAUGAAAAAUAGGUUAUUUUAAAUGUCAGAAUCCUAAAAUGUUAAUAUCAAUUGUCUAUUAGGUAGAUUAUGAGUUUUGCGUUACGGCUUUUAACGCUGAAAAAGUAAAUUUCUGCAUAAUGGCAGUAACGCACUAUUACGAGUCAUGUCAGUAUAGCUAUACCACAAGCAUUUUAGCCUCUAACGCAACAUCCAUUCCGCACUUAAAUUAAAUGACGUUUUGGUGUGGGAUUUUCAUAGCGCUGGUAUUACAGGUUGUGCGGUGAGGCUAAAAUACUUGCGUUACAGCCUAUACCGACACGAUCCAUACUGCUAUCUGAGAGCAGUAGUUAUGGAUUAUGUGUAACAAAAAUGUUUCACAAAACUCGUAACUAAAUGUUACAAAGUACACUAACACCCAUAAACUAUCUAUUAACCCCUAAAAUGCCACCCUCCUACAUCGCAAACACUAUAUUAAACUUAUUAACCCCUAAUCAGCCACCCACAUCACAACUAUUAAAUAAAUGUAUUAACCCCUAAUCUGCCGCCCCCGACAUCGCCAGCACUAUAAUAAAGCUAUUAACCCCCUAAUCCACUGCUCCUCGACAUCGCCAAACACUAUAAUAAAGUUAUUAACCUACCAAUUAAAAAAUUUAAAUUACAAAUUUAAAAAAAACUAAAACUAGGAGAAUAAAUAAAAAAUCUAUAAAAAUAACAAAAAACAAUAAACACUAAAUUACAAAAAAUAAAAAACACUAAGGGCCUUUUGUAGAACAUUGCCCUAAGUUAAACAGCUCUUUAACUUGUAAAAAAAUACAAAAUCACCCAACAGUAAAACCCACCACAUAACCAACCCCCCAAAAAUAAAAAAAACCUAACUCUAAAAAAAAAACCUAAGCUACCCAUUGCCCCUAAAGGGGCAUUUGUAUGGGCAUUGCCCUUAAAAUGGCAUUCAGCUCUUUUUCAUUGCCCUUAAAAGGACAUUUAGCUCUUUUUCAUCCUGGUGGCAUGGAGCGGAGCGGCGAAGACAUCCAUUGCAGAGCGGCCUCUUCAUAUGGUCCCCGACCGUACACUGAAGCUUCAAUGAAAGGUAGUCGUUUCAAAAUGGCGUACCUUGCAUUCCUAUUGGCUGAUUUGAUUCUUCAAAUUCAAAAUCAGCCAAUAGGAUAAGAGCUUCUGAAAUCCUAUUGGCUGUUCAAAACAGCCAAUAGGAUAAGAGCUACUGAAAAAGGGAUAUUAAGUGAAAUAAUAUAUAUACAUAUAAUUGGUAAGUUUAACUUUCUUAAAAUAAAAUACGCCACUUCUAUUAUAAAUAUUGUGCACAAGAGUCUAUGACUGAUAUUCUAGAGUUUGAUAUUCUAUGGGGUUGGGGCUGUAAUUUCACUAUAAUUCUUUUGAGGUAACACUGUGAAGCUUGACUAUAGGUUUCUACUUCUGUAAACAGAAGUGGUACUCUGCCCACAUUAAAAUAGCCUUUGUAAAAAUAAAGCAAGUACCUAACAGGA